CGCCCUUCGGGUGCGCCGUCGUUUGAACUUCGCGUUUCGUGCGCCGACGGCCACUCCAUUCGGGGCAUCACUGCUGCACCCAUCACUGCCGAGCGUCACGUGACCGACCACUCUCCUCCACCCAACACACCCAAGAGCCCAUCUCUCGGCCCAGCUACCGACACGUGCCGACUAUCUCGCCCUUCGGAUGCGCCGUCGUUUGAACUCUGCGUCUCGUGCGCUGACGGUCACUCCAUUCGCGGCAUCACCGAUGUGUACCCCACAUAGAGAGAGAGAGAGAGAGAGAGAGAGAGACUUGCAUUGACCUCAACCAUUGUCUGUGUGUCCGAAUCAUCCAUGAAUCAGUCCGCCCAACAAACAAACGCAAUCUAAGAGGUGUACCCCCUCCGCCACCCCCACCACCCCCACCACCCCCUCCCCCACCGCCACCGCCACCGCCAUCGCCUUCGACCGCCCGAGACACAGUCGAUCCGCCCCCGGAUGCCCGAGACACGACGGGUCGAGGCGGGGAUGGUGAAGGUGGUGCUUCGCAGCCCGCACCGCCGGCGCGCCGAGCUCGGGGGAGGGGUCGCGGGAGAGGAGCACGUGGAGCCUCACGAGGCGCCCGAGGUGCUCGAGGUGGAGGCGGAUUUGUACCCCCGCCGCCACCCGGCCCGCCACCCGGUGACCCGGGAGAUGGCGGGGCAGGAGACGGUGACUCGGGCGGCAGUGGGCCGCCCCCAAACGGAGGAGGGCCUCCCCCUCCCCCAGAUCCGCCACCUGACCCGCCCCACGAUUCCCACUGGUUUCGCUCGAGAGGAAUUUUCCCGCAGCGUGGGCUUGAUUACCUCCGCAGCCUCACCGCCGAGCAACGGGAUGACCACUUCAAGCUGGGCGUUCGCACCAUAUCCCGCAUGCCUCAGUGUAUCCGGGAGUCGCUGAAGAUGGUGGUGGAUACCACCGAGAAGUACGUGAAGGACGAGGAGGACUCGGAUGUCGGCUGCCUGAUAGCUAUCUUCUUGCCCACUAUGCUUCUCUUCCCGAUGAGUCGCGGCGGUACGGGCGGCCGCCGCAAGUGGGGUACUCGCUUCAAGCGGUUCUGGGCUGGAGAGUGGCAAGGAUUACUCGACGAGUCCAGGAAUUUUGCUGAACGGGGUCGCCACGUAUUUGCUCCACGUGGCGAUGGACCAGUGGAAGGCGUGUCUGAGCCAUCCCCGGAGGAGAUCAAGCUGCGAGCGGCAGAGAGAUUUGUGAGACAGGGAGAGCUGUCGCGUGCAGCAAGACGGCUGACGGCUGCCAAGGUCGCUCCAGCGACGGCGGCGACACUCCAGCAGCUCAAAGAUCUACACCCUGCGGCACCGCUUCCCACAAAGCCGCAGCCCCAGAACGGCCCAGAUGGACCGCCCCUCCCUCUCACGGUCCCGCCCAGAGUUCUACUGGCUGCCCUCAAGACGGCGCCGCGAGGUUCCGCGGCCGGCCCUACGGGAUGGCGGUAUGAGCACCUUCGUGCCUGCAUGGGAGAGGGUGACGCCUCGGCAGAAGAUUCGACUGUCCCUCUACCCUCCUUUGUCGGCCGGAUGCUCGCUGGGAACAUGCCGGACAGCUGCACCACGACUCUUUCGGCCGCCCGCCUUUUCGCCCUGAUGAAAGACAACGGUGGUGUCCGGCUGAUUGCUGUGGGUGAUGUGCUUCGGCGAUGGGUGACGAAGGCAGUUUGUAUGGAGAACAAGCUUGCCUUUGAGGAGGACUUCUCGCCCCUACAGUUUGCGGUCGGUACGUCGGCAGGCGGAGAAAAGAUUUUCCAGGCCUGUCAGACCUACAUGGAGACACGCCACGAUGAUUCCGAUAAACGGGUUUUGGUGACUUUGGACUGCAAGAACGCCUUUAACAGCAGCGACGGUCAGGCGAUCCUCGACGAGCUCGGCACAAAGUGGCCGUCCCUUGUCGAUUUCUUCUGGCAGUUCUACGGCUCCCCGGCUGAGCUAUGGUAUCGCAUGGAAGACGGACGCAUUGAGACCAUCCUCACUCAGGAGGGUACCCAGCAAGGCGACGCGGCGGGCCCUUUCCUCUUCUGCUUGGGCCUCCACCCCGCUCUCGUCAAACUGCAAGGGGAGUUCCCCGACGACUUCAUCAGUGCGUUCAUGGACGACAUCGAUGGCGGAUUGGACGAGACACGUGUUACGAGGUAUGUGGACAGAGCCGAGCAGCUUCUGGCCGAGAAGAAGUUGAGGCUGCGGAGAGACAAGAGUGCUGCAUGAAGCCCCGCUGGCAACAAGACUCCGACAUCUCGGCGGACAUCGCUGCUUCCGGCGUCAAGUGCUCUACUGAGGGCAUCACUGUUCUCGGCUGCCCGCUUGGCGGCAAAUCUUUCAUCCAGCACAGCCUCGAGAAGAUCACCAGCAGCCAUCAGCCGCUGCUCGACGCAAUCGUGACUUUUGCUCAGAAGGGACUGCAGGGCUCAGGCCUUCUUCUCCGCUAUUGUGCAUCCCCCCGGCUGAACUAUUGGCUGCGCCUCCUUCCCCGAGAAUCCGAUGUCUCCCUGGCAGCCGCCGAGCGACAUGACGCCGCCAUUAUCACGGCAUUCAGGCGCAUGUUCCGCUUUCCCGGCGACUUCCCCGACUCGGUCUCCGCGCAGGUGCAGCUACCCAUCCGGCUGGGAGGAUUUGGCCUUGUCUCUGCAUCCACGAUUGCCCGUGCGGCUUUUCUGGGCUCGAUCGGUGUGACGGCAUCUGAUGUCUCUAGCCGGUUCCGAGAAGCACCAUGGAUGCCUCAAGGUGGGCCCGCUGCUCUUCUGGAUUUGCCCUGGCUUCAAGCUGCAGUCCCCGCCCUCGCUGCCAUCUCUGAAGUGGUCGGCCCCUCCUUCUCCCUCCCCUCCCUCCAGGACCUUAUCUCGAGGCCGCAGGUUCGGCUACAGCAGCGCCUGACCGAUCAACUGCACAAGUUCCACUUCAACGAGCUCUUCAACUCCCUCCCCCCUGACAGCAGAGCCCGCGCCCGGCUUCUGAGCUGCCAAGGGCCUCUUUCGUCUGGUUGGCUGUCAGCAAUCCCCUCUAGCGAUAGCAAGACACUGAACAACUUCCAGUAUCGCCAUGCCGUCGCCGGGUGUCUCGGCAUUGCCCUCCCGCACGCAACCGUUUCGCAGCGAUGCAUCUGCGGUGGGGAGGUUGACAAGUUUAACGAUCACUUCUACGUGUGUCACACCGGCCGUGAGCGGGUCACGAGACACAACAACAUGCGCAAUUUGUUUGUUCGCAUCCUGGCUGAGGCAGAUGUUCCUUCCAAUGUGGAGGUGUCUCUGCACAGCCUCGGCAUCACCCCGCCUGACGACAACCCCAACAACCAGCGCAUGGACAUCUACUGCGUGAUCGACGGCAGCGACUACUUGCUCGACGUCACCGUCGCCCACCCCUGCCGCCCUGACAACUCCCCCAUUCCCUUCCACCGGACAGUCAACCGGCGUGGCGCACAGCUUCCUGGUGGCAAGGCGGCUCAGCUUGUGGAGAAAGACAAGAUCGACAAGUAUGGACCAACCAUCCAAGCAGCCGGCUUCCGCUUCGUGCCUCUCGCUGCGGAGACAUUCGGCAGAUGGGGAGAGAAGACCAUGGACUUUCUCAAGAUGCUCGCCAAGCGAAAGCCUCGCCCCACAUCCAUUCCCACGGAGGAGGACACAGCUUUUCGAGAGAGCAUCGUCAACCAUUGGAGCCAGCUCCUGUCCGUCGAGCUGAUGAAGCACAACGCGUUUCAAGUGGCGAGUCGUGCACAGCGCGCGGCGGCCGCCAGAGGGCCACGGAGGGCCAGCGCGUUUCCGGAGGACUUCGUCAGCCGCGGGCCUUACAGGCCACACACCAGCCCCGCUCCGGGGCUGUGAGGUGGCUGGCUGGACCUGGAUUUCGUGAUUGUGUGUGUCGUGCUGCAUGUCUCGCGCUUGUUUGCAGUGUGCGACAUGUUUUCGCAGUCAACGAGCGUUUGGCCAUUGUUCUUUGCAUGUAUUGUUCCCUUUUCCUUGCUUGGUACGAUUGAUGCUUAGACGAACUUCGUCGCCCGUUCAUGUACCUACUUAAAGAAGAA